GGUCGUCAUUGCUCAGGAACUGGAACUCAUUAGCUGUUACUCACCCAGGAUACAUGGCCUUCUUAACCUAUGAUGAGGUAAAAGCAAGACUCCAGAAAUUCAUCCACAAACCUGGGAGCUACAUAUUCCGGUUGAGCUGCACCAGGCUUGGCCAAUGGGCAAUUGGUUAUGUCACAGCCGACGGCAACAUUCUUCAAACAAUCCCCCAUAACAAACCUCUCUUCCAGGCUCUGAUUGAUGGAUUCCGUGAAGGAUUUUACUUGUUUCCUGAUGGACGUAGUCAAAAUCCAGACCUGAAUGGCUUGUGUGAGCCUACACCACAUGACCAUAUCAAAGUGACACAGGAACAAUAUGAACUGUAUUGUGAGAUGGGCUCCACCUUCCAGCUUUGCAAGAUCUGUGCAGAAAAUGACAAGGAUGUGAAAAUAGAACCCUGUGGUCACCUAAUGUGUACUUCCUGUCUUACAGCCUGGCAGGAAUCUGAAGGUCAAGGCUGUCCAUUUUGUCGCUGUGAGAUAAAAGGCACUGAACCAAUUGUUGUGGACCCUUUUGACCCCAAAGAUGGGCCAGGUCAAGCUCGUUUAGGAAUGGAGACAAUGUUAUCCCCGAAUUAUGAGGACGAAGAUGAUGACCGUGCUGAUGAAUUCUUUAUGAUGAACAAACUAUCAAGUACCAAGAUUGAGAGGCCACCGUCUCCAGUCACCCCAGCUCCCAAUUCUGCGCUUCCACCAGUUCCUCCUCGGUUAGACUUGCUGCAGCAUCGAUCACCCACAGUUUCUAGUGCACCUAGUCCUUGUGUUUCACCCAAGACUUCUUCUGGUGGCCUGCAUAAACAAGACAAGCCUUUACCUGUUCCUCCAACUCAUCGAGAUCUUCCGCCUACUCCACCUGAGCGACACCCAUCAGCCAGCAUUGAUUCUCGAAUGCAGAGGCGGCCUUUACCAAGCACGCCAAGUGACCUCCUACCACGAGACAAGCCACCUCUUGUACCACCAAACCGACCUGGAGAAACCUGGCAUAUACGAUCUCAGGCAGCUAAAACACCAAUUCAGACUCUUAAUUCUGGGGAUAGAUGGACAGGUCGAGAGUUAUCCAACAGGCACUCAUUGCCAUUAGCAUUGUCAUCUCAGAUGGAUACUAGGACAGAGGCGGUUAGACAUAGCAGCUCACUCGGGCUUGAUAAUACAGUGGCUUUCUGUGGUGCCUUGAGUGACGGCUCAGAGUAUGAGACCUCCAAAAUGAAACCCUCCACAUCAGCAAAUACCAUCUACUCUCUUGCUUCACGACCCCUGACAAAGCCUUUUACACGAGAGGAGCGUUCAGAGAGUAGUGAUGAGGAUAUUGAUUACAUGACUCCGUCCUCGCUCCCUGUACAUACUCCACUCUGUGUUACCACCUCGUUGGAUUCCAGUGUUUUGGUUCAGUCACAGGGCAGCCACAAUGCAGAAGCUUUGUCUGAUUCAGACCCAUUGAAGCAGGUGUGCGAACUUAUGUUUACAUCAUCGUCUCAGGCCACAAACAUAGACUUUACAACUGACAAUGGUGACUGUGCUAUCAAUGAUGGACCUGAACAAGGUGAGAGUGAAGAUGAAGAUAAUGCAUAUGACUUCCCUAAACCGCCUGUGCCACUUCCUCCAGCACGUCGCACACUGUCUGAUAUCUCUCAAGCAAGUUCGGCAUUUGCCAAUGUGUCUGAUCAAAAUCUGCCUAGUCCCAACACAGGAGAUGCAUCUGCACCUGAAAGACCUCCCAAGCCAUUACCUCGGCGAAUCAACUCAGAGCGUAAAGCUGGUCCUGGUCAGUCCAACAGCUGUCAUAAGACACAGCAGCAGACUCUCUCCGCUGAGAUCAACAGUCUCUUGAGCCAGGGCUACUCAUAUCAGGAUAUCCAGAAAGCAUUGCUAAUUGCUCAAAAUAAUGUGGAAAUGGCAAAGAAUAUUCUUCGAGAGUUUGUGUCUGUCCCUUCCCCUGCACACAUUGCAACAUAGCCAUCCCUUAGGACACUGCCUCCAGCUAGCCAGAGCUUGUGGUUAGUCUGAUAUAAGCCUUGGCUUGAGUGACAACGUGCCUCGUCUAACCCCCUCGCCUCAUCAAAUUGAAUAAUCAGGUCUGUGCAAUUACUGAAAUAUAACAGGAUGGUAGCACCCUGCCUCGUUUCCACUCCAACUGCAGGAUUUUUGAUGAAAGUUUAUAUAUGAAGGUAUUCUAAAGAUGUCUGACAUUUGACAAAUUUACAAUCUUAAGGGCACAUACAAAGUAAUUUUGCAAUCCAUGUAAAACUGAUCCCAAUUGAUUAAUUCAUGCAGAAUUAUCAGAAAUGUUUGACUAUUAUCUCUGGUUCUAGUUCCAAAAAUAUUCCAACAUAGUGGAUGUACCUUCAUGAACAGAUUUCAAAAUUGUAUUUUCCAAAUUGGAUCCCAAAGUUGAGAAAUACACAGGCUGUAUCAUAUUCAAACAUUGUAUUAUUCAAAGUAUGCAGUAACAGGCCUCUGUCUGCCUGUGGAAGUAUUGUGUGAACAAAGUUGAAAACGUUAACAGUGAGUUGGGAUUCAAAAGUUAGUUUCAGUAUAAGGAGUAAAAGUAGACCCAGCUUCACUUGGUAUUACUUAUAAAUUUGUGUCACUGGGAUGUACAGCUACUGGUGUGGAAUCAGGUUAGCACUUAAACCUUCCAGCCAUUCAGAAUAAACGUGUGGGUCUAUUUUUGUACAAGCAGGAAUCAUUUGCACAGAAUAAAAUAUAGUUAGAAAGUUGUAUUUAUACAGUACCUUGUGUACGUAUGAAAGAGGAAUUUAAUGUGAAAAGUGAAUCCCAAUUUACACAGAUCCAAAAGAGAUGUUCAGUCUAAUCAUGCAAAGUUCAUGCUGUAAAUAAAUCUGGAACAACAGAAUGGGUCUUAUUGUGCAAUUCCAAUUGAUAUAUUCCCCAUUUGAAAUAUUGUGCUUGGCAUGAGGUUUGAGUGUAAAGUAAGGAGCAAAUAAGAAUGAAAAAUGGGCAGAUAACUGCAUGUGAUCAGUGCAACAAUGAUGCUGAGCAGAUAGUAGAAGAGAUUGUUAUUUAAUCCCAGCUGAUCUCUGAGAGAAAUCUCAAUGUUAGUUUACCAAGAAAGAACCCUCUAGGUUAAAAAUACUUGGUUUGUAAUCAUUGUAUUACAAUGCAUUUAAUCACACGAUCAUGAAGAAAGUCAGGAAUUGUAAGUUGAGCCUUACACAUGAAGUUCAUCUUCCAAGAACAUUAGCCCUAUCCUACACUUGGCCAUUUAGUCCCAAAUGAAGAUGUACUUGUAGUUUUCAAUGUACUGCUCACUCAUGGUAAUUUCUAAGAUAUUUAGCACUGAGCUAUGAUUCUAAUUCUACUGUCUAUUUUAAUAUGAACAAGUAAAUGAAAAUUCUAAUAGAAAAGCAAAAUACUGCAGCUGCUUUAAGUACUCGGGUCAAGCAGCAUCUUUGGAGGUGGGGACAGAAACAAUAUUGAAGUUUCAGAUCAAUGAUUUUUCAACAGAACUGGUUUCAUUGACCUGAAAUAUUCUCUGACUUGUGCUCUCUCUCCAUGGAAGCUUGCAGUUAUUCUGGGGUACUUAGAACAUUUUCUUCUUUUUAUUAAUGAAGGAGUUAUGUCAAUAUAUUGUUGUCUGAGUUGACCGAUUCACGUUGCUAUUUGGAUUGCAAUUUGCCUGUUCCAAAAUUGAAUAGGGGCAAUACCUGGGAUGCUGCACUUGAUCAUAAUAGUCUCUGGACAGAGGAUGGGAAAAAUCAGUUUCUGAUUGCAUUCCAUUGAAUCCUGCAAAAGAAUGGGUGUGUGGAUAUACUUGGGUCGGUCACUGUGUGGCUGCACGUCUGGCUGUUGGCAUGUGUCUAUCUCUUUAUGUUUGUUGCAGAUGUUCUACGAGCAAAGGGUUGCACUUGCCCUAUAUAACCUUGCCCUCUUUGGUAUAGUAGUCUGAGUUUGUCAGGCACUAGAGGGAGUCAGUGAUUCAGGAGAUGGCAAGUGGAAAAGAGGAAAUGUGUGGUAUUUUGAAUCCGACUCAGUUUUACCUUUUGUCAUUUACCUUGGUCUAGUUUUUUCUGUUCAAACUUCAGUGGUGUAAUGUCUUGUACGUUGUGCUGUAGCUCCUGAUAUCAGGUUAUGUGGCACCCUGAUGAGGAGUACACAUCACACACCAUCCUUACUUGGAGAUAUAUCACCAUUUCUUUGCUGAGGCAGGGUUGAAAUUCUUCUCUUUUCUUAAGUACUGUAGGUGUACCUGCACCACAUGGACUGCAGUGAUUCAAGAAAGUGGCUCACCAUCAUCUUAAAGGCAACUAGAGAGGGGCAAUAAAUGCUGGUCUUGCCAGCUUCACAUUUCACACAAGAAUUCUUAAAAAAAAAAAAGGUUUUGAAUAGUUUUCAUCAAGUUCAGAGAUGUUAAAAGAAUUUAUUUCCUACAAUGCUUUUUGUUCAAAACUUGUUAAAACUAAGUUAAAAUAAUUCAAACUGCUACAGCAGUCAAGUGAUAUUAACAGCAAUAUUACUGUUGCACUUUUAAAUAAUUUUCUUUCUUGCCCUAUGCAAGCAUUGAUGUAAGAAGUAAUAUGGGUGCCAUUUUCACUGCUGUUGUGAUCAAUAACCAGCAAAUACAACUUGAUAUUACAUUUACUGUGAAGUUCAUGAAAGUAUGUGACGGCAGAUAUUUAUGAGGAAAGCAUUUCUACCUGACAAUAUAGAAUCACAUAAUAAUACACCAGAGCAGGAGACUGUUUGGGCCAAUGUGCCUGUGCCAGCUCUCUAGAAAAUGUUAUCCAAUUAAUUCCACACACCACUGUUUCUCAACCUUGUAAAUUCUUUGACAUUGUCAAAAGCACAAUGAUUUUAUUUUUGUUUACGUUCUGCCCUAUCAUUAUGUUUACAGAUUUUAGCAGGAUAGAUCAGAAAAUAAAAUUAAAAAUUGAAAUUAAAAAUUGUAUAAGAAGUUUUUCAAUUUCAGAGUUGCAAAAAAUAAACAUUUUUGAAUGAAAAUUCUGGAAUAGAUGUUGGAAAGGUUUUAUUUUUUGUGUAAAGAUAUAGUAUUCUAACUGCAUAAUCCUGUGAUGCUAUUUUUAACCCAAACUGUGGGCAGUUUUUUCAUUAAAAGAGCCAUUUUCAUCAGUCUCUUAAAUGCAAGCAUGUGUGUUUGUGUACUGUAAUGGAGACUGGAAAGUUGACUGUAGUCAACUAUCCUUUUCCCAGUACUGUACGCAUCUAAAUAUUCUGCCUGUUGUCUGGCAGAGUUGAACACUGGAUGAAUAUGUGUAUUAAGUUGACUUUGUUUUUAGUAUAGAUAUUUGUGCUUUAUCACAAUUUUCUAACAGCUUAAUUUAAGUUUAUUCUUGUUUCAGCACAACUCAGUUUUCUAAACUAUGUAAUUAAUUAAAAAAAGUCUUUAUUUAUAGGUUGUAAUACUUUGAUUAUAACUUGGUUGUGGCUAACUUUACAGACAUUUGUGAAUUGCAAAGUUGCCUGGUGUAUUCUGAUGUUUUGUGCCAUAUUUGGGAAUGUGUUUUGUUUGUGGGGGGUGGGGUGGGGGUGCAGAAAUGGUAGUGGUUAUUAGUUACGGAGUAUAAAUAUCUAGUAACCAACUAUGUUUUAAUGUUUAUUGUUAUCUUAGUUACUCAGAUUGGAUCUGUUUGCUGUUGUGAUCAUUUGUACUUAUUGGUCAAUAGUUGGCAUUAAUAACUGGAUUUUUUCAUGUACCUGAAACACUGGCAAAAGCCUGUCAGUGUUGCACUUCAGUGUGACUGUAAUUAAACAUGAUCCAAAUUUAGAAAUCUUUCAUAUGAAUAUAAUUUUGUUAAUGAAAGAUAUGCCAUAACUUGGUUUCCUGGGAGGCACAUAACUCAUUAGAUGAAUAAGAUUUUGAGUGAUGUUGGCAACUUGCACAGUAUUCAGGAAGAUUUGUUGGACAGUGUUUGUAUGAAGAGAUUUCCAUUUCCCGAAGGAAAGGAUUAUGAGUUUGUAGUUCCACUUGCCCUCCAGAGACGUGAUUGCAUGAUGCAGUUGAUCUUAGUUCUGAAAACCUCUGGCAGUAACCUUGUAUUUAGUGUGUCAUGUUUUAUCCGAUUAGUUCCACUCCUGUUCUUUCCCGAAAGCCUUGGGAAUUCUUUGACAUUGUCAAAGAGGCAAGUGCAUUAUUUGUAUUUUUUAAAAUAUAUUAAUAUUUUCCAUCGCUCUGUGGCUUCAAGCAAAUACAGUGAGGUAGGGAGCAAAUAAAAGUAAAAGAAACCAUGUGAUUGUGCUCCUCGUGAGUGGACAAAUUGAUUGAACGUUCUCAGAUAAAUGAAAUGCAGCUAGUCUUUGAGCUUUGUGUUUGAUGUUUUAAUUCAGAGUUCAUAUGUAAGCCUGAUUACAAUGGCAAUGAGUAGCUGGAACACAUAUUACCCCACUACAUGUUUAUAUACAUCAGAUCAAUUGCUGUAGAUGAGCAGUUUUUCUUCAGAGUAGUAAUAUGUUCAUUUUCAAACAGAACAGGUGACUUGCUGGGUCAUUUCUAUUUUACAUUGCCUUUGAGUUCAGAACUGUUGUGGAAAUUGAAUAGAAAAUACAGUUUUCGGGGGUGGAAGGGGAGUAAAAAAAAAAAAAAGUCGCUUUUGUUUGAUAAUGUUAAAUUUGCCAAUUGAUGAGUGCUU